AUGGUUGAAAAAUGUAAAUAUUUUUCGCUAUGCCUGGAUGAAAGCACUGGUCUGUCUGACAUUAGCCAGCUUGUAAUUUUUAUCCGAACUAUUCAAGACGACUUCAGUGUAGCAGAGGAGAUGCUUGACAUUAUUCCUCUCUAUGGUACAACCAAAGGUACAGAUAUUUUUGAAGCUGUGAAUAAGUUGGUGUCAGACUACGGAGGAUUUGAUAAAUGUUCCUGUAUUGUCAAUGAUGGCGCCGGAGCUAUGACAGGGACUGCAAUUGGAUUUGCAGGACUAUUGAAACAAAACAGCAUCAACUGUCCUAUGGUACAUUGUAUUGUUCACCAAGAGAGUUUAUGUGGAAAAUCUUUACGUCAAAUAAAUGUCAUGAAAGUAGCUGUUAAAAUAACUAAUAUUGGUAGAGGGGGCAAUCGUGCUUUGACUCAGAGAAAGCUUCGUGAGUUUUUGGCCGAAGUCGAUGCUACAUAUGGGGACUUGUUACUUAACACCGAUGUUCGUUGGUUAAGCGCCGGAAAAUGUUUGCAACGAUUUUUCGCUCUACGCAAGGAAAUUCCUAUUUUCCUUAAAAAUGAAGUGAAGUCCGACACUACGGAACUGGAAAAUCAAAUGGCAGAUGCACAAUUUUUAGCAGACCUUGCAUUUUUAAUAGACAUGACAUUUCACUUUAACGAAUUGAAUUUGAAGCUACAACUUAUUUGA